AUGGAAAGCCAACAAAUCGAUGAUCACACUGAAACCCGAUCUGCUGCUCCAGAUCGUCCAUACUCACCCUUCACAUCAACCUCUCCUCAGGCAACCGGUGUUCGAAGGUUUACAAGCAGUUUUCUCGGGAAGUCUCAUGAUGGAGGCAGGGAAGCAGACAUGGAGCAGCAAAGAACCCCAGGCGUGGUUUUGGUGAGGCGGACGUCAGUUGCUCACCAAAAUCCACGAAAUAUUGAUUUCCUUGAUAGGAAGGAGAAGGCCGAACAGAGAUCUGGCACAUCAGAUGACUCCGAAAAGCUAGGCACCUUUUCAGGUGUCUUUGUUCCCACCACCUUGAAUGUGCUGAGUAUUCUUAUGUUUCUUCGGUUUGGGUUCAUUCUGGGACAAGCUGGAGUUCUGGGUACAUUGGCUAUCGCAACAAACGGAACCGUCCGUGGAGGUGGUGCCUACUAUCUUAUAUCUAGGUCCCUCGGCCCGGAGUUCGGUGGCUCAAUUGGAAUUGUGUUUUAUAUCGGAUUCGUCCUCAACACUGGAAUGAAUGCAGUCGGCUUGGUCAACUGUCUGAUUCAAAGCUUUGGAUCCGUAUCCGGCAAAUGGUCUCAGUUUUUGCUAGAAGGAUUUGGCUGGACCUACCUCUGGGCCACUAUCGUCAUGACUCUCUGUACGGGAAUUUGUCUCGCGGGGAGCUCUAUAUUCUCACGCGCUAGCAAUGGUCUCCUUGUUAUUUUGCUUGUGGCAACCUUCAGCAUUCCGUUUUCUGCGCUCAUGAUGGAACCAUUCAAAAAUGAAACCCUGGGAAUUGAAUUUACUGGGCUAAGCUCAAAAACAUUCCUGGAUAAUUUUUUCCCAAGGCUUACAAAAGGUGCCGCUGGGAGUCAAAUACAUGGCAGGGUCACCUUUCAGGAUUUGUUUGGUAUCCUAUUCCCUGCAACUGGGGGUAUAUUCGCGGGUGCGAGUAUGUCUGGCAAUUUGAAACAUCCUAGUAAAGCUAUACCAAAAGGCACACUAUAUGGGCUCGGAGUGACCCUUUUUACCUACGCCGUUGUGAUUCUAUCAAUGGCAUGUAGUUUAACCAGAAAAUCCCUCUAUAAUGAUGUCAAUAUCAUCCAAGACACUAAUGUCUCCGGUGUCCUUAUUCUUCUUGGAGAGUUUGCAACCUCUUUUUUUUCAUCCUUAAUGGGGGUCAUUGGCUCUGCAAAAUUACUUCAGGCCAUAGCCCGAGACACCCUUAUCCCAGGAUUGACCGUCUUUGGCCAAGGCACAGCGAAAUAUGAUGAACCCACUAAUGCUAUCGUCUUCACAUUCGUGGUCGCCCAAAUUACGAUGCUUUUUGACAUCAACCAGAUCGCAUCAUUCAUCACAAUGACCUAUCUCAUGACAUUUUUAGUGACCAAUCUUGCUUGCUUUUUACUGAAAGUUGGGUCCGCUCCAAACUUUCGCCCCUCUUUUCAUUAUUUCAAUUCUUGGACGGCCUUAUUUGGAACUGUCAUCAGCGGUAUGACCAUGUUUUUCGUCGAUGGAGUCUACGCGUCGGGCUGCGUGUGUAUCUUGAUGCUGUUAUUUCUCCUAAUCCAUUACACAAGUCCCCCAAAGUCUUGGGGCGAUGUUAGCCAGAGCCUCAUCUAUCACCAAGUCCGCAAGUACCUGCUUCGUCUUCGGCCCGAACACGUCAAAUUUUGGCGCCCGCAAAUUCUCCUUUUCGUCAACGACUUUGACUCACAGUAUAAAAUGAUUCACUUCUGCAAUUCGUUAAAGAAAGGCGGCCUAUUCGUUCUCGGGCACGUUAUAGUCGCGGAUGACUUUGCCAGCGCGGUCCCAGAUGCCCGCCGAGAGCAAACCUCGUGGACUAAAUUUAUCGAAUUUUCUAAAGUAAAGGCGUUUAUCAACAUAUCGAUUGCUCCUAGCAAGGAGUGGGGCAUUAGGAAUAUUGUUCUGAACUCAGGUCUAGGAGGAAUGAGGCCCAAUAUUGUCGUAAUCGAUGAAUUUCGCAAGAUUGAGUGGGUUUCAGAGACGCCCUUUGCAUCUCAAACGAGAUGCAGUUCCAACUUAAAACCCAUAGACCCGCAAAACGGCAAUGAAGAUCCCGAUUCUUUGGAUGGCAGAACCGAACCUUGCAGAGAUGACCAUAAAAUGAGUGUUCAGAGCUAUUUAACCGUACUGGAGGACCUGUUGUUCAAAUUACGGAUCAAUGUGGCUGUGGCUAAGGGCUUUGACCAACUUGAGCUACCCGCGAGUGGCAAAAAUACAAAGAAAUACAUUGAUUUAUGGCCUAUCCAGAUGUCUGCGGAAAUAACGGCGGACGGCGCGAGUAAACAAAACAUUCUGACAACCAACUUCGAUACAUAUACUCUAAUUUUACAGCUCGGAUGCAUUUUGAACACAGUAUCUUCCUGGAAAAAGUCAUACCGUCUUCGUGUGGCGGUAUUUGUGGAAUACGAAAGCGAUGUUGAAGAGGAGCGCAGAAGAGUGACAACAUUGCUUGAGAAACUUCGAAUCGAAGCGGAGGUCCUUGUCUUUUGGCUUGCUAGCGGUGAUUUGAAGUCAUACCAGAUAAUCGUCAAUGGCGAUGAGUCCGGGAUUGACCAAGUGACCGUCGAAUCCGUGAAUCUUUUAUUGAAGGAUGAAGGUUGGUGGCAGGAUGUCCGCCUACUCCGGACCGAAUGGGCCGGUCAACAGAAAGGAGGCAAAGUGGGACAACGGGUGUCGCAUCCCGGAACAACACCACAAUGGCCAACCUCUUCGUUCCAGCGUGGACGUAACGGAGACACUGGUUCGCGACUCGACAACUUGCGGACGUUGAUUGAAAGUUCAAAAAAGAGAAGGUCCAUUGGUAGCUUUGGCGCGAUGGGUUUCUCCGUUGGUACGCAAACACAACGGUUGCUGGAUACAAUGGUGGACUACCAUUCAGAUGGUAGUUCAGAGUCUUCAAGUCAUGAUAGCGAUAUCGAAACAUAUUUGAGUGACAGUGACGGCGAUGAGGAAGAUGCAUCAAGUUCUGCACAGCGUUCCGAAGGAAAUACUGAGGAUGCAGGAAUAAGAAGAGGAAUUCGGACUGGUCUACACAAAUCCAGACGCCACCAGAUGGGCCAUGUUUUGCCCAGAGCCCUUACAGAGACUGCUGUUGAAGACGAGCCGUCGAGUUCAUCUGAACCUGAAGUCGCGCCACCACUUCAUCAUGGCCCAACCAUUACCAUCACAAACGAACCGGGUCCGCUAGGUUCACCUCCCCCAAGUCGCCCUGUCAUACCCCGAACAGCCUCAAGCAACAAGUUUUCGUCCUCACCUAUCCCCGCUACCCGAGUGGCCGAUAAAGAAGAUUCAGGCCCAUCAAUCAUGUUUGCCACCAGCCCGCCCAGAGACCGCUCAUCAGCCGGUCCAUCAACUCCACGCCAUUCAAUAUACGCAAGACAGCCUGAAGCACAAUCUCCAGUAUCUCCCUCAAAUUCCCCACCGGACCGAUCCCCGCCUUCCGGCCCCUCAGCCCAGAAUGUCGUUCCGCUCUCGUUUAACGACCUUCCAUGUCGCGCGCAACAUAUGAUACUAAACGAGCUGAUACAAAAUCACAGUCAAAAGACAGCAGUUAUUUUCACGACCUUACCAUCGCCGAUAGAAGGAACCUGGCGUGACAAGGCUGCUAGCGAAUCUUAUGUGGGCGAUCUUGAUAUCUUGUGCAAUGGACUCCCUCCGUGUCUGCUGGUUCAUAGUAAUAGUAUGACGGUGACGAUGAAUCUUUGAUUAGACCACUCUUAUUUCUUUGUUCUCUUUUCUUUUGGAGUUUCUUGAUAGCACUGUCCCUUUUAGUGCCAGCGCAAUGAUUAUUUAUAUCCUUAUAC